UCAGACAUAAUCGUUGUAGAUACGAUUAUAGUCGGACAAUGAAUAUGUGUCGGACAAUCAUUUGUGUUCUGUUUCUCGCCGUGAGCGUACUCACCAUGGAUCUCGGAAAACCCGUCGCAGGUAAAAAGAAGAUAUUAUACGACCUAAACAAGGCUCCCGAAAUAUUCGAGCAGUACAUCAAGGACUUUAACAAGUCGUAUAAAGAUGACGCCGACAAGCAGGAGCAUUAUAAGGCGUUCGUAGAAAGCCUCAAGACCAUUAACAGGGGUAAUUCUAACCCUGAUGACACUGCCAGCUAUGGAUUAAAUGACUUUGCAGACUACACUCCCGAGCAGAGGAAGUUUUUACACGGCGGACUAGCACCUAGGAGAGAAUGAUCGUCAUGAAUUGAAGAGUGAAAUUGGACCAUAGAAUGAUGUUUACAAUAAAAUUCUUGUUUGUUUAG